CGUUAUCGUACAGUGUCAGCCUGCAGUCGGUAUGACAGGGUGUACCAGGAAAAUGAUAGGGGGUCCUAGGACCCUCGGAAACGUGCUACCAAAAUUUGACAUUGAUUAUUAAUUCUACCCGCAUUCUCCGCCCGUGGAAAUACAUUGCAUGCACAGUCUUAUAUUUUGAAAUCGAAAAGCUGCUGCGAACGGACGCCAUUUUCAGUGCAAGCAUCGGCCACGUCCUAACUUGUUGGCAGGAGAUUCAGAUUCGUUGAUGUGUUUCCAUUCUCGAGGAUUUUGUUGAAUCUGCUACACUUGAAAAACCAAUUGUACAGUGAAACAUGCCACUCAGGUUAGAUAUCAAGCGGAAGCUCACUGCUCGUUCGGAUAGAGUGAAGAGCAUUGAUCUUCACCCGACAGAACCAUGGAUGCUAUGUUCGUUAUACCAGGGAAACGUUAAUAUUUGGAACCAUGAAAAUCAGACAUUGGUUAAAACUUUUGAAGUAUGCGACGUGCCAGUCAGAACAGCCAAGUUUGUGCCUAGGAAAAAUUGGGUUGUCACUGGAUCGGAUGACAUGCAAAUCAGAGUUUUCAACUACAAUACUCUGGAACAAAUGCAUUCCUUUGAAGCGCACAGCGACUAUGUCAGGUGCAUAGCAGUGCAUCCAACGCAACCAUUUAUUUUAACCAGUAGUGACGACAUGUUAAUCAAAUUAUGGAACUGGGAAAAGGCUUGGAUAGCACAACAAGUUUUCGAGGGACACACCCACUAUGUAAUGCAAAUCGUUUUCAAUCCAAAGGAUAACAAUACAUUUGCCAGUGCUUCUUUAGAUAGAACAGUAAAAGUAUGGCAGCUGGGGUCUUCCACUGCCAAUUUUACCCUAGAAGGUCACGAAAAGGGUAUUAAUUGUGUAGACUAUUACCAUGGAGGUGAUAAACCGUACUUAAUAUCAGGAGCCGAUGACAAAUAUGUUAAAAUCUGGGACUAUCAGAACAAGACCUGUGUACAGACCUUAGAAGGACACACGCAAAACAUUUCAGCCGUUUGCUUCCAUCCUGAACUGCCCAUUAUUCUUACUGGUUCAGAGGAUGGGACAGUUAGAAUAUGGCACGCAGGAACAUACAGAUUAGAAUCUUCCUUGAACUACGGCUUCGAACGGGUAUGGACAAUAGCUUGUAUGCGAGGCUCCAACAACGUGGCAAUUGGUUACGACGAAGGUAGCAUUAUGGUAAAAGUUGGUAGAGAAGAGCCAGCUGUCUCCAUGGACUCGUUGGGCGGUAAAAUCGUCUGGGCCAAACAUAGUGAAAUACAGCAAGUAAAUCUCAAGGCCUUAGGCGAGGAAGCGCAGGAUGGCGAACGGUUGCCAUUGGCAGUGAAGGAUAUGGGUGCUUGUGAGAUUUAUCCACAAACCAUCCAACACAAUCCUAAUGGGAGAUUCCUGGUGGUGUGUGGAGAUGGAGAAUACAUUAUUUACACAUCUAUGGUACUAAGAAAUAAAGCUUUCGGUCAGGCAUCAGAGUUCGUAUGGGCAGCUGAUUCCAGUCAGUACGCUGUAAGGGGAAGCAACACUGUUGUCAAGGUUUUCAAGAACUUCAAGGAGAAGAAAGUCUUUAAACCUGACUUCGGAGCUGAAGGUAUUUUCGGUGGAUUUUUGUUGGGAGUAUCAUCCGGAUCAGGCCUAUCCUUCUUCGACUGGGACACAGUUAAACUAAUUCGCCGCAUAGACAUCCAGCCAACGCACGUCUACUGGGCAGAGAAUGCUUCGCUGGUGGCACUGGCCACGUCCGAUCAAUACUUCAUACUGAAGUACCACGCGGAUGUUGUUGCAAACGCACCAGAAAAUUCAGAGGACAUUGAAGACGCAUUCGAGAUGGUCGCUGAGAUGAGCGAAGUGGUGAAGACCGGUCUCUGGGUCGGCGACUGUUUCAUCUACACGAACAGCGUGAACCGGGUGAAUUACUUCGUCGGUGGAGAAGUGGUGACCGUCUCGCACUUGGACAGACCAAUGUAUCUACUCGGCUACGUACCCAAGGACAACAGGCUAUACUUGUGCGACAAAGAGCUUUCCGUUGUCUCCUAUUCCCUGCUGCUGUCCGUGCUGGAGUAUCAGACGGCCGUCAUGCGGAAGGACUUCGAAACCGCGGACAGAGUGCUUCCCACAGUCCCAAAGGAGCACCGGACCAGGGUCGCGCACUUCUUGGAGAAACAGGGUUUCAAAGAGCAGGCGUUAGCCGUCUCCACAGACCCAGAGCACAGAUUCGAAUUGGCCCUGGCGUUAGGGGACCUCACCACAGCCCACACGCUUGCCAAGGAAGCCAACAGCCAGCAGAAAUGGCGGCAAUUGGCAUCUCUGGCGACACAGAAGGGCAAACUGUGCUUAGCACAGGAGUGUCUGCACCAAGCGCAAGACUUUGGCGGACUGUUGUUGCUCGCGACCAGCACCGGGAAUGCGGACAUGAUCCGGAAACUCGGCACUGACGCCUGCGACAUGGGGAAGAACAACAUCUCCUUCCUGUCGUACUUCAUCUUGGGAGAUCUGGACAAGUGUUUGGACAUCCUCAUCAACACGGACAGGAUCCCCGAGGCUGCGUUCUUCGCGAGGACGUAUAUGCCUAGUAAAAUAUCAUCCAUCGUCAAGCUGUGGAAGGAGAAGCUGUCAGCAGUCAGCGAGAAAGCUGGACAAAGUCUGGCUGAUCCGGAACAGUAUGAAAACCUGUUUCCCGGGUACAGUGAGGCGCUGAAGGUGGAACAGUUUCUGAAGGAAGAGAGUAAAACGAAAAUCCCGGCGUCUGCUUUCCCUAUGGUGCAGUCCAACGUGGAACGGACACCCCUGGAGGAAAUGCUGGCGGCGGAACAGACGAAUCGAUUCACUUAUAAGGCUGGCACCGGAAGUACCAGUGAACCGGACGUGCCCUCUACCGAGGUUCUGACGGACAGGUUACUGGACCUGGAUAUCGGUACCUCAACGCCGGCGCCCUCCGAGAAGCAGCCGACUGUCCCCGAAAAGACGAGGACUACUAGCAGUUCGAGGCCACUAACGGUGGACGAGGAUGAUCUAGACCUUGAUCUCGAAAUCGAUGAUACCAUCGACACGACUGGUGUGAGCCUCGACGACGUUCUUCUCGAGGAAGAUUAGCCGUUCGAUUGGGUGGCGAGCAGGGUGCGCGUCGCACGCGCGAUUUCCAUUCUCCUUCCGUCAGUCAUUCCCCGCGGGCCGACCAGAGGCGUUUAGAGAAACCAAGUAUUACAGUUGGAGGACAGUUUUGUGCGCGAGUGUUUUUAUCAACGCAUCCAAUUCAGAAUAUAACGCAGUCUGUACACGUGGAGUUUGUCCCCGUGUGCUAGAGAUUAAAUAUAUUGUUAAUAUAACAGAAUUUGUUGCGAAACCUUUUAAUCACUCUCAUUUCCUUUCACAGUCUGAUCCCUCGGACGGCGUCUGUUCGCAUGAGAAACCCCCGUGAGGAUUGAACAUGUUGUUAGGAUAAGAAAUGCAAAACGGUACCGUUCACAAUUGUAAUCACAAUUCCUGUCACAGCCACAUCCCAUACCCAGAAGACGUCUCUGCGCGAUAGAUACCAUGAGUCCGCUCGACUAGGAACAUAAGAGAGGAUUAGAUCAGCUUAUUAUCUGAUUUAUAAUUGAGUAUUAAGUAUAGUUGUACGUAUACCGUCUCUCGCGAGGGAGAUCCCACAUCGAAGCACAUU